CUGAUGGGGCGUGUGGAGGUAGGCGUGAGGGUCGUGCGCCGAGGCUGCAGACAGAUAGGGUUUAGCGGCCGCAGAUGACAUUACCCUGUGGAAAAUCGAUGAUUUCACCGGGGUCCGCUUAACUUACGCAGCGUAGGUGCGGUGAAUUAGCGCAGUGUGCUAUGGAAGUAACUACUUCCAUCCAAGCUCUCAAAAAUGCUUUCUUGCAAUACAAUCAAAAGUUAUCACUAAUAGCUUCAAUGAACUUGUGUGUGCAAUUUAUCUUCAGUGAUAAAUAGAAUGUUUUGAAUGAUCCCGGAAUUGUCAUUGUUAGAAAAUUUAACCUCAAGGUUAAGUAAGGGUCAAUCAUAACCCUAUCCAGACACAUCGGAACACGCACCAGGGCCCAAAUGCGAAUAUCCUGUUAGCGGCUCUGUCCCUUUCGGCCCCUGCCCUAUUCCUUUCGUUGCUUUGCCCAUUUCAAUUAGAGAUCAACUGGGCAAAAACGUCUGUAUUUCUCCUACCGCUGCUAGCAAAUAUGGGAGACCUGCAACCGCAGCCCAAUAAUCUGCCCUUCAAUCUCACCGACGUUGAUCGUCAGGUCCUGUCGCAGACGGAUGAGAUGUUCAUCCAUCACGAUUGGGAUGAGAUCAAGAGAAUCAUAGCCUCCAAUAACCUCGAAGCCUUUCGGCGCAAGCCAAGUGAGCUGAAGCGCUACAUCGCCUGGACCACAAACAUCAAGGCGCGGUACGGGACGAUAACAAAUUACAUCCUCCAGGAGCGGCUGAAAUGGCAGCUCGAUGGUUCCGUUCCUCUCGCUUCGCAGUGCCGAAACCCAGUCCCCUUCGCGGAUCCCAGUGAUUACAGGAUCCUGCGGAAUGACUGGCCCUACGGCGUCUCGCCGGAACUCACUCAUAUAGUGAUAUGGCUCAAAAACAGCAUUCCUGUUAGGGAAGACAACGGGGAUUUGACUGACGAAUCGCGCACCCUCAUUAACGAUUUUGUCAACCGGACUUUUGUUGCUAGGCUGGAGAAGCUCUUUCCGGACGCCGACGAUAGGGUUCUGUGGUUCAAGAAUUGGACAGCCCUGCAGAGCGUGAGAUCGCUUGAGCAUGUUCAUGUUGUGGUUCGGGGCGUCCCUGAUGAGAUUAUUGUCGAGUGGACUGGGGAACAGUCUCGUGCUGUCCGAUUUGACAGACCUCGGAUUGAAUCCGAUGAUAUUGAGGUAUCCUAGCAUUGUUUACCAGCUACCAGCUAGUAUUGCGCUGCUUUCGCGUUAUUAUUUGUCACUAUCGGCUCGAUUUGAGCGAUUUCUGAUAUUCCAUGUCGCUCGACAACAAGCCUUGGAUGGAUUUUAUACGAAUAUAUACUAUAUAUCCAAAAAAAAAAAAAAAAAAGAAAAAGUUGCGAAGAUAUAUCGACAUAUCUUCUGAUCAUGUUAAUGAUUUUCUCACGCUUAGAACUAUAGAAUU